CACUAUUGACGUCAGGCAAGGAGACUGUGCCGAGCAUCGACUCUUGGAGAGGUGCAGUAGGGCACUACGCAAGACCACCAGGCACCAGCAGCUGAUCUCAUCGUGAAACUCAUCUUCAUCAUGGAAUUCUAUAAAAAUCUUAAAGCAUCUGAAUGGGCAUCACUUCUACCAUUUGGCAUUGCCUGUGCUGCUGUUGGCUUUGGCGUUAAAACGCUGAUUGAUAAAAAGAUUGGUUGUCCAGUAAACCUUUCUGUGCGUAAGGGAGAAUCAAAAGUUGUGGACUCGGUAGACAUCGAAGAUUUAGGGAAUAAAGCUGUAUUUUGUCGUUGCUGGCGUAGUUCAAAGUUUCCUUACUGUGAUGGAAGCCAUACUGCACACAACAACUGUUGUGGGGACAACGUUGGACCUCUUAUUAUCAAGAAGAAAGAGUAAUGGCAGUGAGAAGAAUGUCUUACUAAUGGCAGCACACUUGUACAGAUAAUUUAUGUAGUUACUUAAAUUCUGAUUAAUGUGUUAUAUUCAGGAUUUGCUAACACUGUUAACAUAGCACGGCAUAUUACAUAAAAUAAUUAUACUGUAUAUGACUUGUGAGAGAAUACUGGAAAUGAAGUUUAAGGUGUGGCUUAUUACACAACACAAGCUUAAUUUUAUGGUAUAAUCUUUCUUUUUUUAAUAUGUUUGGGAAGUAUGACUGGUAAUUCGAAAGAAACUUAUUCUUCAUAAAAUAUUCACUUAAGCAACUUGUGAGCCGAUCUGUAAUAUUUCACUACUCAAAUUAAUUAAUUUUUUGUUUAAGAAUGUUAAUUAAAUUUCAUGUAUAAUUUGCUUAUGCUGAUCAAUACUACACUUGAUAACAAAAAAAAUUUCACCAGUAUUAGGCGUAGCUAUACGUAUGUGUGUGCAGUAUUGUACAGUAUAUAUACUGUACAGUACUGUAUAUUAAAGAUAAUUAUUUUAAGUAUGGUUCAUUACAUUGAUUUAAGAUCUGUAUUUGUAUACAGGUCUCUAAAAUUAAUAUCUUGUUAUAUUUCACUGUACCAAGUCUUUCAGGGCUUAUAACAGGUAACAGAUUUUACAUUACCUUAAGUCAGACUUCAUAAACAUGUACUGUAUUGGUAUGUCUGUUAUAUUUGUUAUUGAACACUAAAUCUCCAUUGACCCUCACUGUACUGUAAUCAAAGUUACUGUACCAUUCUGUUAUUAUUGUCUUAUGCCAUCUAAAGAUUUCAAAUAAUGAUGCGAGUUGCAGGUCUGUGAAAUGUACUGUAUUUGUAAAUGUUUUUGUUUGCAAGAUAUACAAUGAUGAUGUGAAUAUUAGAGCAGUGAUUAAAGAAAGGUUAGUUUUAUAUGGCAGUGAUAAGUAUAGCAGUUUAUACAUCAGUUUUUUGCUCUAGUAUAUUUUUUGAUAAAGACUUAAUUAUGUAGAAUGAUAUGUAAUGAACUGUGACCAAUAAAGCAAGGGUAAUAUGUG